AUGAAUGAACCACCGAAGAAAAAGCAGCGAAAACAUCACGAAGGAAACCUUGACGUUGAAGAAUUGAAGCGAAAACUUGAGAUCUUGCGAAAAGAAAAGGAAGAGGUGGCUUCUGAAUUCGACGACAGGAUUAAGAAAGAUAAGGAGGUUGCCAUGAACAAAAUCGGGGAUAUGACUAAAUUGAAGGAGGAGAUCGAGGCGCUUGAGUCGGAAAUUAGGGAGCUUGAAGAAUCUGUUGAGCAAGAUGAGGGGAUAGGGCGGGAUGGAGCUAAAUCUUGA